GGCAGGAGAAAACGGAAGAAGACGCGCUCAAGGGAUAUCACGUGGGUGCCUGUGGGCUGGCUCUUGUUUCGUUUCCCUCUCAACUCCAUGAGUCUAGACUCGUCCUUCGUACUAGUCCCCAACUCAAAACCAGAGAUUUCCUCUGUAGACUCAUCUAAUCCAUCUACGCUCUCCUCUUAUACCCCAGGAUCCUCAGGAAGCUACGCCCACGACUGGUCUGAAAUUCGGAUUUCAGGACGCCACUUCAUUGACAAGUAUGGACGCGUUUGUCACUUGCGGGGCGUAAAUUUAUCUGGCUCUUCGAAGACUCCAGCAAACAACAACGAAACUUUCCCAGCCAACGCCGAAAUCGCCAUCUUUGUCGACAGACCGAUUCCUUUGAAAGAAGCUCACGAACAUUUUUCGCGUCUUCGUCGAUGGGGAUUUACGUUUGUUCGGUUUUUAGUAACUUGGGAAGCGGUUGAACAUGCUGGACCAGGGAUAUACGAUACUAAUUAUCUGCAAUAUAUCCGCGGCCUGCUUCAACUGCUUCCAAAAUAUGGCAUGGUGGCUUUCGUAGCUCUCCAUCAGGACGUCUGGUCGCGUUACAGUGGCGGAUCGGGAGCUCCUGCAUGGACUUUAGAAUCAGUUGGCUUUGACUUGAACGAGUUGGUCUCGACCGGGGCUGCUUGGCUGAACGGUGUCGAGGGUGGUGGACAUGCGGAGGAUGAAAUGGGAUUUUGGUCAACGGGAUAUCAAAAAUUGGCUGCUUCCACUAUGGCCACGAUAUUCUGGGCAGGCGAGACUUUUGCACCCAAGUUAACUGUCGAAUAUCGUGGGCAGACGAUGAAUGCCCAACACUUCUUACAAACUACCUACUUGGAUAUGUUUGAUCAAGUUGUCAAGGCUGUUGGAGAUUUAGAUGGCGUUAUUGGAUUUGAACUGAUGAACGAGCCCCACCGAGGAUACAUAGAUCUCAAAUCUCUCCAUUCAUUUGAUUACAAUACCGACUUACAUCUCGGACCCACACCUUCAGCAUUACAAUCCUUCCAACUCGGCGCAGGUUACCCAACAGCAGUAGAUAUCUGGACAAGAUCCUUCCCUUUCCCCACACGAAAAUCCCACACAGUUGUCCUAAACCCUGACGGUAAAUGUGUAUGGAAAGGAAAAUUAAAAGAAGGGGCUGAGGUGCGUAAAGGAGAGUGUGUCUGGGAAAUGCACGGUGUAUGGGGGUGGAGCAAUGACAAGAAAGAGGCGGUUGUGUUGAGGGAGAAUUAUUUCGUAAAGCAUCCGAUGACUGGGAAAAAGAUUGAAUGGUACUCCGACUUUUUCUACCCAUUUCUAAACCAAUGGGCUGGACGCGUUCGUGACAUCUCACCUUCCAAGAUGGUGUUUAUCGAAAUCGUCCCGAACGAGUUUUGCCCGCCAUCGUUUUUGAAAGAGGUUCGACCGAAGAAUAUGGUCUAUGCGCCUCAUUGGUACGACCUCAAGGCGCUAUUCGAUAAGGCCUAUGGGGAAUUUACAGUUAAUGUUCAAGGACUCUCAAGGGGUAUGUUCCCGCUCCUCACAUUCUACUGGGGUCACAAAGGCGCUCGGGAGAACUACGCGCAUCAGAUUAGUACCAUCGUCUAUCAUGGCCACAAGCACCUGGGUGAAAUUCCAAUUGUGAUCGGAGAAUGUGGGGUUCCGAUGGAUAUGAAGUCAGUCGCUCAAUUUUCCCUACUUGUUCCAGUGAAAGAACGAGGAUGGCUGACUUGGACUUCUUGUUGAACGUACCAAUCAGUAACCGCGAAGCUUUCGAAACUGGAGAUUUCACCUGGCAAGCGAGAAUGAUGGAUGCUAUGAUGACUGGGUUGGAGAAGGCUCUUGUACCGUUUACCCUGUGGAACUACAACCCCUACAAUACUGAUUCAGAAGGUGACUUUUGGAACGGCGAAAACUUUUCCUGGUUCAGCCAAGGUCGGGCUCUUCCAGCUACACUGUUGGAUUAUCACCAAUCUUCGGCUACGCUUGAUAACGGAGGAAGGAUCCUCAGUGUUAUCGUUCGGCCUUAUCCAGGCAAGACAGCCGGGAUACCUGGAAAGUUUGAGUAUGAGGUUACGACAGGCAGAGUCGUGUACGAGUGGAGUGACUCCUCAGCGACAGCCCUCGAAGCCAAUCUGAGAGCCAGAGAGACAGAGGUCUUUGUCCCUUCGAUGCUUACGCAAGGAAGAAAAAUCCUCGUGUCUGGGUUAGAGGGAGAGGAUAGGUACCUGCACGACGAGGAACGCCAGACCCUUUUCAUCGUGACCAAAAACACCGGAAAUCAUCGUGUGGAGAUUGGGAUUUCACCAUCUCCAAGUACGAUAUUCUUCGUUAAUGAUUUCUGGAGCGAUUGGGGUUGUAUGAUUGCUGCGAUCGGGGUGCUGCUUGUUGCGGUGGUUGUUGGGACUAUUGCUUUACAUUUUCGUGUGUAGAUUUAGAGGGGAACCCUAUGUUAGAUGUGAAUCAUCAU